AUGUUAAUUAUGAAGAGUAUUCAAUUCAAUAAUAUUUUAUUGACAAAAUUGACUAAUAUACGAACAUUAUCAGCAUUUCGAAAGUAUAGUGACAAUAGGGAAGAUCAUAAAGGAAAGUAUGAUGUAAUAAUCGCUGGUGGAGGAAUGGUUGGCUGUACUCUAGCAUGUGCUAUGGGUAAGAAGUCCUUACUUUCCAACCUAAAAGUACUAUUAUUGGAAGGCUCUCCAGAUAAAAAAUUUGAACUAAAAUCAGAGUAUAGCAAUAGAGUAGUAGCACUGAACCAAAAUACAAAGUCUUUGAUGAAAUCAUUAGAUGUUUGGCAACAUGUGGAAGGGAUGAGAUUACAGCCUGUACAAUAUAUGCAAGUAUGGGAUGCAUGUUCAGAUGCUUUAAUAUCAUUUAGCAGUUCUGACAUAUUAGAUGAUGAUGUAGCUUAUAUAGUGGAAAACGAUGUACUACUUGAAGCCAUUAACAUGGAACUGAAGUCUUCAACUAUUAAAAAUGUAGAGAUAAUGUAUGGAGCCAAAAUAAAUGGAUAUGAUUUAUCCAAAACAAAUCCAGGCAGCUUAAAGAGAAAUGUAGUAAAAAUGAAUAAUGGGGAUACAUAUUUUUGUGAUAUACUGGCCACUGCUUGUACAGUG